AUGGGGUCUAUUUCCGAGUCUCAGGGUAUGCCGGCUGCCCAUAAACUACGAAAGCUCCUACAAGAAGACAAGACCAUAUUUUGUCCUGGGGUAUACGACGGCAUCACUGCCCGACUGGCAUUGAAAGAAGACUUCGAUGCGCUCUAUAUGACCGGAGCCGGAACCGCAGCAUGCAGGUUGGGUGAGCCAGACCUCGGCCUUGCGACAAUGAAUGAUAUGGUGGAAAAUGCUGGAAUGAUUGCCUCACUGGACCGUUCAGUCCCCAUUAUUGCAGACGCCGACACGGGCUAUGGCGGACCUCUGAUGGUGGCCAGGACGGUCCGCGCCUAUAUUUCUGCUGGUGUGGCGGGAAUGCAUCUUGAAGACCAAGUCCAGAACAAGCGCUGUGGGCAUCUGGCAAACAAAGAGCUGGUGGAUGAAGAAACAUACUUGACUCGGAUCCGGGCAGCUGUAUUGGCCCGUGACGAGAUGCGCAAGGUGUCUGGAGGCUCAGCAGACAUUGUUCUCAUCGCGCGUACCGACUCGAUCCAAUCACUAGGCUAUGAGACUGCAGUUUCACGUCUCCGAAAUGCUGUGUUGGCGGGCGCCGAUGUUGCUUUCCCAGAGGGCAUGACUACUAUGGAACAAUGCAGUCGUGUCUGCAAAGACCUAGCUCCCACGCCUGUCCUUCUGAAUAUGGUGGCUGGAAGUAUCACUCCCCACCUCAGUGUUCAGGAAGCCAACAAGCUGGGCUUCAAGAUUGUGAUCUUCCCUUCCGUGGCUUUAGACCCAGUCACGGAAAUGGUGGGGGAGGCGAUGAGGGAACUGAAGAAGAAUCAAAGACCAGUUGCCAGCGACACUCGAAAGACGGCAGGUGUCAAGUACCUAUUCAAUAUUCUGGGUCUUCAAGAGCGUAUGGCUUUUGACAAUGCAGCAGGAGGCAAAUCUUUUGUUGAAGGGGCUUGA